UCUGUAGUCCUUUCUGUCAUAUUGUCAACCUAUAUUCGUUUUAGGUUAUGGAAGUGUAAUAUCCAUAAAUUAAUAAUAAAACAAAAUAUAAUUGUAAAAGAUAGUGAAUUUUAUAAUAUAUUUAUUAAAUCAAAGUAAUCAUUACGUUCAAAAAGAAAAUGGAAUUAAAUGUUACAUUCCUUUCUGGGUUAGGAUGCGGCCUUUGCCUCGGUUUAUCUCUUUUUGCAUUAAAAAAAUACACAGGACUCUUUUCUGAUACAGCAAAGUCUGUUAAAAAGUUUGUAUCCAACUCCGAAUAUAAAUUAGUAUUGGUCGUUCGAACCGACCUGGGAAUGGGAAAAGGCAAAAUGGCUGCUCAAUGUUGUCAUGCGGCUGUUGGAGCCUUUGAGAAGGCAAUCAAAAAGGAUCCUGAAGGAUUAAAGCAUUGGCAGAAGACGGGACAAGCUAAAGUAGCUGUUAAAACGGAUUCAGUAGAUGAGAUCAAACAAAUUUUGGACAAUGCCAAGAAAUUGGGCAUCAUCACGUCUUUAAUAAGGGAUGCUGGAAGGACACAGAUCGCACCCAACUCUAUUACAGUGUUGGGUGUAGGUCCAGCACCCAAAGAUGUAAUCGAUAAAGUUACCGGACAUUUGAAGCUCCUGUAAUAAACAAAUUAGGAUUCA